AUGGCUUCUUUCACUGCCACGACCACCCAACUCACGCAGUUCUCGGCUGUUUCCAGCCAAUUCAAGAACCGCACCGUCGCCAAGGCUGCCGUCAACAACACGGUUGUCGCCGCGGACAAGAUCAAGGUUGCGAUCAACGGUUUCGGCCGCAUCGGCCGUAACUUUGUCCGAUGCUGGAAGACCCGCGGACCGGAUUGUCCGCUCCAAGUCGUCUGCGUCAACCAAUCCGGCGGCGCCAAGCCGGCUGCGCACUUGCUCAAGUACGAUUCUAUCUUGGGUACGUUCAAGUCUGAAGUUAAGGUUAUCGACGACAAGACCAUCUCUGUCGAUGGCGACAUCAUCAACGUUGUCGCGGAGAGAGACCCGUUGAAGUUGCCGUGGAAGGAAAUGGGCAUCGACAUCGUCAUCGAAGGUACCGGUGUCUUUCUCGACGGCCCGGGAGCUGGCAAGCACAUCACCGCGGGUGCCAAGAAGGUUGUUAUCACGGCCCCGGCCAAGGGUAACGACAUCCCGACCUACGUCGUUGGUGUCAACGCGGACCAAUUUGACCCGGCUGCCAACAUCGUCUCCAACGCCUCGUGCACCACUAACUGCUUGGCGCCGUUCGCCAAGGUUUUGGACGAAAGCUUCGGCAUCGUCAAGGGCACCAUGACCACCACUCACUCCUACACCGGUGAUCAAAGAAUCUUGGAUGCCUCGCACAGAGAUUUGAGACGUGCGCGCGCUGCGGCGUUGAACAUUGUGCCGACCUCCACCGGCGCCGCCAAGGCGGUUGCGUUGGUCUUGCCGCAAUUGAAGGGUAAGUUGAACGGUAUCGCGUUGAGAGUUCCGACCCCGAACGUUUCCAUCGUCGAUUUGGUUGUCAACGUUGAGAAGAAGGGCAUCACCGCCGAAGAAGUCAACGCGGCGUUCAGAGAGGCCCAAAACGGCCCGAUGAAGGGUGUCUUGGCCAUCACCGACACUCCGUUGGUCUCCGUCGAUUUCAGAUGCACCGACGUCUCGACGACGAUCGAUGCCGCCUUGACCAUGGUCAUGGGCGACGACAUGGUUAAGGUUGUCGCGUGGUACGAUAACGAGUGGGGUUACACGCAAAGAGUUGUCGACUUGACGCUCAUCGUCGCCAAGGCUUUGGUCACUGGCGUCGAAAACUUCUCCGACCCGAUGGAUGCCUUGUGCGCGUCGGACCCGGGAGCCGAAGAGUGCAAGGUCUUCGAUUAA